AUGACGACUUGGACUGUAAAGGCAGUGGAGCCGUGCCGCAUUAAUAUUCAUUUUGGGCCUGUACACGAUCCCCUUAGCUUAAAAGGCCCUGAAGUACUCACGAUCCACGCAUCUUCACAGUCGAGAAACAGCGGUGGCGAGUGGUGGUGCAGCGGUGGUGAUUCCAUGUGGUCGGUUUUAAGGUCUCGAGCUCUAUCAAAUGUUAGUCAAUGGAAAAUUAUAAGUUCAUCAAAUUUCACUCGCACUUUCUGUUCCUCUGAUAUUGAUAACAUCGAAAGAAAUCGAGAGAUGUUGAGCUUGAAUGAGGUUGAGAAAAUCCUGACCGACGUGAGAGCAGACGACGUUAAAGUACUUCCAGUCCCCAAACACGUUGAUUUCGCUGAUUACAUGGUUAUCGCUACUGGUCGGUCUGCCUGGCACGUGCGUAAUAUAGCCCAAGCCCUAAUUUACAAGGUUAAGCAAAAGCAGAGAGGAGUGAAGAGAAUGUUGUUACCAAGUGUGGAAGGCCAAGAGGGGGGGAAGUGGAUUGUCAUCGACUCCGGCCCAAUAGUCAUUCAUGCUCUCGAUGAGAAGGUAAGAGCUUAUUACAACUUGGAGAAGCUUUGGUCGACUGGAACAUCCAAUGAAGAACACACCCAGGAUUUGGACAAGGCUUUUAUCAAGGUUCGUCGGAAGAAUAACUCAAAGAAACCUGCACAAGCAAAUGCUUAGUUUGGCCUUCGGUAUGCAGAAUCAUUGUUCUCUGUUCCCGAGAAUGGCCUCAAGCUGUGAGGGCAGUUUCUGAUCUUUGAAAUGGUCUCGUCCUUUGUUUUUCCCAAGUAUCGUUAGAUAUUUUGAUCUUUUUGUUAGUUUCGUUAAGUGCCGAUUUGUACGUAUUUGGUUCAAGACUAUCGACUAGCCUAUAGGUCUUUCAUUUUGGUGGACAUACCUUGCAUGGACAACUAAUUCCCCGUCUAUUUGUGUCUUUGGGAUGACUUGACCAUCUAUUUGAAUUCAUAAUGUAUCAUCUUGUUUCUCGGAGUUGCUGUCUCUUGCCAAAUUAGGAUGAUCAUUUGAGCUACACAUUGGAUCCCAUUGGAUCCGUUUUUAUGUUGUUUGUAUUGAUAAAGCAUUAGAAAUUGAA